GCUGGCGCAGGGUGCAGCGUCCUGGUGGUUGCAGAUCCCGGUGCAGUCUGCGGAGGCGGUCCACUUUCCUCUAAAUGCAUUUUCGCAGGAGGAGCCAGGGUUACGUAAUAAUAACGAGAAAGCUCACCCGCACUCACUGCGUGCCACCAACACAGGGCACCCUCGUACCCGAGGUGCUUAAUUUUUUGUUCUCUGGGUGGCCACCUGCCCACCUUUCCGCCUCCGCAGGACUGGAAACUUGCUACCUCUUGCGACUUGGGUUGGAAGUUACGUAGUUUUAGGUAGUGAAAGGGUUUGGUGUUUAAAAUUCUUAGAAACGCUUCCUCUUCCUGCGCAGCCGCUCAGAGGCUCGAGUGCGCUCCAGGUUGGAUCCACCUGUAACCCACGCCAUGGCCAAGGAAGACACUGCUGCUGGAGUUAUCAUGGAUGUUAAUACUGCUUUGCAAGAGGUGCUGAAGACCGCCCUGGUCCACGAUGGCCUAGCCAGAGGAAUUCACGAAGCUGCCAAAGCCUUAGGCAAGCGCCAAGCCCAUCUCUGUGUGCUUGCAGCCAACUGUGAUAAACCUAUGUACAUCAAGUUGGUGGAAACCCUUUGUGCUGAGCACCAAAUCAACCUAAUUAAGGUUGAUGACAACAAGAAACUAGGAGAAUGGGUAGGCCUCUGCAAAAUUGAUCGAAAGGGGAAACCUCGUAAAGUGAUAGGUUGCAGCUGUGUGGUGGUUAAAGAUUAUGGCCAAGAAUCUCAAGCUAAAGAUGUCAUCGAAGAGUACUUCAAAUGCAAGAAAUGA